AUGGAGGCGGCUUCGCCGGCCGGACCCGGCGCCCCGCCGCUGUACGCGCCAGGACGGGCGGGCGCCCUGGGGAGCCUGCUGCGCGGGCUCAGAGGCCAGCUCUUCACCUGGCGUAUCUUGAAGACAGUUGCCCUGGGUCAGAUGCUGUCCUUGUGUAUAUGUGGGACAGCCAUCACCAGCCAGUACCUAGCAGAAGAAUACAGAGUGAACACCCCCAUGCUUCAGAGCUUUAUCAACUACUGCUUGCUGUUUCUAUUUUAUACAGUGAUGCUGACAUUUCAAUCAGGGAGUGAUAACCUUUUAUCCAUCUUGAAGAGAAAAUGGUGGAAGUACGUCCUACUUGGGUUGGCAGACGUGGAAGCUAACUACCUGAUCGUCCGAGCAUAUCAGUACACCACUCUAACCAGUGUCCAGCUUCUGGACUGCUUUGGGAUUCCUGUGUUGAUGGCUCUCUCGUGGUUUAUUCUUUAUGCAAGAUACAGAGUGAUCCACUUCGUCGCUGUGGCUGUAUGUCUGUUGGGUGUGGGAACAAUGGUCGGUGCAGACAUCCUGGCGGGGAGGGAAGACAGUUCAGGGAGUGACGUCCUGAUUGGUGACAUCUUGGUCCUUCUUGGGGCUUCCCUCUAUGCUGUUUCUAACGUGUGUGAAGAAUACGUUGUGAAGAAGCUGAGCAGACAGGAGUUUUUAGGGAUGGUGGGCUUAUUUGGAACAAUUAUCAGCGGCAUACAGCUAUUGAUUGUGGAAUAUAAGGAUAUUGCCGGCAUCCAGUGGGACUGGAAGAUUGCCCUGCUGUUUGUGGCGUUUGCCCUCUGUAUGUUUUGCCUGUACAGCUUCAUGCCACUUGUGAUUAAAGUCACCAGUGCCACCUCUGUGAACUUGGGCAUCCUGACAGCUGACCUCUACAGUCUUUUCUUUGGACUCUUUCUGUUUGGCUAUAAGUUCUCUGGGCUGUACAUCCUGUCCUUCUCCGUCAUCAUGGUGGGCUUCAUUCUGUACUGCUCUACCCCGACGCGCACGGCGGAGCCCGCAGAAAGCAGCGUGCCGCCCGUCACCGGCAUCGGGAUCGACAACCUCGGGCUGAAGCUGGAGGAGAACCUGCAGGAGACCCACUCGGCUGCCUUGUAGCUACACAGGAAGGCACCACGCUUGUGCCCCCGAGGCUUCCCCGGAAACCAGGAGGCGCCCUGGGAGGCAGCAGACCCUGCUGACAGCAGAGGGGACUCGGAAAAUUAUUAGGGGAGCAAGCACUGCAACUUUGGAUUGGAUCCCAGUGGUUAGAUUUUGCAAAGGAAUAGAAAAUAGUGUAUCGAAAAUACGAAAACAGAGCAGAAGGUGAGGUGGCUGGGAUCAUGUUUCUGUGGGUUUGAGGACCAAUACCUGUUCGGGUCAGGGAGGCAAGGUGUGCCCCACACUGGGGUCUCGGAGGCACCCGUGGGAAAGCAUGGUGGGGCCGAUAGCCAGGCAUGAUCCAGCCUCAGGGCAGGGCGUGCGAGCAGGCUGUGCAGGCUGGGCUGGGCAGUCAGGAGUGGGGGCAGCCCAGGGUGGUUUGGGAGCCGCUUUCCGUAGUUGGAGGCCUCUGGGUUUUGUCUUGCCGAGGCAGUCAUUGUCCACAAGCCCUGUGGUCUUCACACCACAGUGAGGUCUGCUGACUGAUGGCAUAUGGCAGCGGCAGGGGUGGGGUAGCCCUUGAGAAAUCCUGAGAUACCAGUGUGGGUACCAUUGAGGCAGGAAAGAGGGGUGGUGCGGUAAACCUGGGGACCCUCUCUCCGUUCUUCAAAGAGGAUACUAUACUGCUUCUCACCAAGUAUUUGUAAUGUGCCAUGAGAUCUUUAUGAUACUUCUUCAAUACAGAGUGCGACUAUGUAGCAUCAUCAUGAUAUUAACUACCACUCUGCCACUUUACAAAAACUGUAAACGGUAUGUAAACUUUUUUUUAAUGUAAUAAAGAAAUCAAGGGGAAGUGUUCAUGUUAUUAAAAGAUUUUGAUUUCAUGGG